AUGGAAGCAAUGGCAGCAAACAAUGCAUACCCUAUAUCUUCAAACUCACGAACAAAAUUGAACGCUUUUCGCUUCCAAGAGAACGAGGUAGUUCCCGACGACGCUACUUUGGAAGACGAGACGAAAUCAGUUAAUGGAAGCAAAGAACAUAAAAACACAGGCACCAACGGUGUGACAGGUCUGAUGCAAGCGUCAUCUGACAAAGGAUGCCCUCCGUCUCGCGAAGCUCAAGCACCGGAACCCCAAGUACAAGAAUCAAAGCCGAUUAAAGAAUGUCCUCAGACUCCAGGAAACAAGAUACCUCUGGCAGACUUAAUCAGUAAUGCCGAGGAUUCGUUUGAUCCCGCACCAGGCCCGGAGGUAACACCAGUUGAGCAUGUCAUCUGGCAGCAUGUGCCUGCCAGCUCGAACCCAGACAGCUCAUCCCAGACCCCAGUGGGCCGUCGCAGAAAACGCCAGCACAGUUCUUCGCCUGCUGGCUCUCCCUCGAACGGGAAUAAGAAAAAGGCGCAAAAAGAAGCCCUUGAUCUUCAUGCAAUGCAAGCCCUCUUCAAGACACCACAGCAUGACAUGGCUGCUGAUUUGUGGAACAACUACAUGGAUAAAAACAUGGUCAAUGGUCCGGAUGAUCUUCCACCGCCGCGGCUCGCAAAUCUUCUUUCCUCAUCGCCUCAGACACCAGGUUCGGGCAGAACAAGUCGAGAUUCCUCGGGGCUAAGACGCGCAAUUAGCUGCACUACCGAUUUCCCCACCUCUCGGACAAAACGACGACGAGUCAAUCGACUAGAUGUUGGUCCCAACCGCGGCAUGUUUCAACGAACCAGCAGCAAUGUCGAAUCUGGGAACCCUAAGUCCUCAAGGAUCAACUAUCUUAUGGAGAAGAUUGAGAAAAGUAUACACAUGGCCCCUGCCGAGACGGGUCCACCUGGAUCGUCGCCUCUGCGCCAACAUAUGGAUACGCGAAGGUGUCGAUCGUCUUCACCCACAAAGGACCAUAGGCUUCACAAAGCCGAUGAAGAAGUCGAUGAAUCCCCAUGUGGCGUAUCGCCCGAGAAAGUAAGACUUGGGAAACUGCCCGUUCUUCAAGAGUCGUCCUCCGAGUUCGGAGACGAUGAUCUUGACCAAGAUCUGAUGGACCUAGUCGGUGCUUCUGAGGAUCCUUUUAUCGAGCCGGCACAUGCAUCAGAUGAGUUUGCUUCGCUGGGAUCUUCUAGCUGGGCUGUUCUUGCCGCAGAAAAGUCUCGGUCAUGGCAGCCCAAAGAGAAUUCAAUCCUCGACAGCAAACCUCCCAUACCCCAUAACACUACGAUUAACGAAAGAAAACGCGAUGAGUUUGAUGACUUUGAAGAUGAAUAUGAUGAUCUACCCGACAACCUACAGGAAAUACUUGCAAAGUGCGAUACAAAGCCCGUCCCGGUCAAUUCAUCAAAGCCAGCCACUACUGGGCCACUAUCUUUGCAGAGGUUAGAGGCAAUGGAUGACUCGGUGAAGGAGAGUAUGCAUAGCAAGCCCCCGACUGUCGCACCUGUCAAAGCUGAGGUGGCAUCAUCGGAUGAUGAGUUUGAUGAUGAUUUUGAUCUGGAGGCCAUUGAGCAAACUAUGAAGCAAGCAGGUGAAGGAGGACCGGCUCAUAACCUAAAAGGACGACAAGCUAUCAAACGUUACCACAUCGUUGACAUCAUGAAGAGCACAUAUGUUACUCCGAAAGGACGUACUCAGCCAGAGCAGUGUUUGCUAGUUGAAGACGAGAAAACCCGAGACCGCAAGACGAUAGUGUUGCGAGAGUCAUGGCUUGACACUCCCUGCAGCAAGGACUCGUAUAUCCACCUGGUAGGGCACUUCAACGCAGCCGGUCAAUGCGUUGUGGAUAACUUGAACCAUAUGAUCAUUCUUCACCCCGACCAUCUUAUUUCUGCUACGGUCGUAGCAGACUCGAUAGACUGUCAGCGACGAGCUGUCCUUCAAGAUCGAGUCAAAGUCAUUUCUGCACUCGAGCGACCGCAAGCCUUCGGAGUGUUUUUCCACGAAGUCUUUCAAGAAGCCCUCAAAGCGAAUCAAUGGGAUAUGGUGUCAUUGAAGGCCUUGGUCGAAACCGUCAUGGGCAGACACAUUGAAGAGCUGUACUCGAUUCAAAUGAGUAUCCCAGAAGCUGUUGAAUAUCUCAUGAGCAGGAUGCCUGCUGUUCUCGACUGGGCAGAUGCUUUCUUGCAUCUCAAGCCACAGACCAAAUCGAUGGUUGAAGAUCGCAAUAGCUCUAAGCUGAAUCUGAGUAUCAACAAACUGCUUGAGGUAGAGGAGCACAUCUGGUCCCCAAUGUAUGGCCUCAAAGGCAAUAUCGAUGCGACAGUACAAGUCGCUUGUCGCGAAGAUAACAUGGAGAAAACCCUGGUGGUGCCGCUGGAACUCAAGACUGGACGAAGGGAUACAAACCAGUCACAUAGGGCUCAAACAGCUCUCUACACUCUACUCCUGUCAGAUCGUUAUGACAUCGAUGUUACAUUUGGGCUUCUUUACUACCUUGAGUUAACGAAAACUUUCAGUAUCCGUGGGGUCCGGCACGAACUACUCCAGAUGAUCCAGGUGCGCAAUCACCUCGCUGGCUAUAUUCGUGAAAGGGAGCAGCUUCCACCAAUGUUGAAGAAAGCUCGUCAAUGUAUUCGAUGCUAUGCUAAGACUCCUUGCCUCAUCUAUCACAAGCUCUCCGAGGAUGGUGAUGGCGAGACCAGCGCACUUGGCGAGGAUUUCGAUGCAGCUGUCGGUCAUCUGAACGACGGUGAUCGCGACUUCUUUCGUAAAUGGGAUGAACUUUUGACUAAAGAAGAAGGCAAUCUCGUGAAGUUCCGGCGAGAACUUUGGACGUUGCUAAGCAGCGAGCGAGAAGCCUUGGGCCGAUGCUUCGGGGACGUCGUUAUAGAUCCAAACUCUGUGUAUGAGGAGAACACUGGGGCAAAGAUAAAUCGCUGUCAUUACACGUUCGUCAAAAGACAAGCGCCUCCUGGUUUCUCCUUUGCUGCAUCUCAAAUAUCUGUCGGUGAACCGAUUGUCGUUUCAGAUGAAAAGGGCCAUUUUGCUCUCGCCAACGGAUACGUGGUGAAUGCUAGUUCGUCACACAUCGAGGUUGCCGUGGACCGGAAACUUCACAAUGCACGAUCAAAGACGGCUGGUUUCGAUGCAGUCACAAAUCAGUCUUUCAGAGGAAUCAUGGAGAUUGGAAAAGAAGAGCCUGCUGCUCUAAAAAACCCAUAUGAGCAGCUCGUUUAUCGGAUCGAUAAAGAUGAGUUUAGCAAUGGCAUGGCCAUCGUUCGAAACAACCUCAUCUGUAUGAUGGAUAAAGACCUGUUCCAAGCGAGGCAGCUUCGACGGCUCAUUGUUGAGGGGCAAGCCCCCGCCUUCAAGACGACCUCAUCUUCAUACACGAUCUCCGAUCCUGGCAACCUCAAUGUUGAUCAAAGACAAGCCAUUGACAAAGUAAUGAGUGCCAAAGACUAUGCUCUUGUCCUUGGAAUGCCUGGGACUGGAAAAACCACAACCAUUGCCCACAUCAUUAGGGCCCUUGUCGCACAAGGCAAGAGUGUUCUUCUUACAUCUUACACCCACACUGCAGUUGACAACAUCUUGCUGAAGAUUCGAGACGACGGCAUUCGUGUGCUGCGUAUAGGUGCGACCGUCAAAAUUCAUCCAGACGUUCAGGAAUUUGCCGAUCUUGCCGCAAUCCCGAAAUCAACCAUUGAAGAACUCAAGGAUUCAUAUGAAAAGCCGCAGGUCGUUGCCACUACAUGCCUCGGAGUCAACCAUAACAUUUUCAACCAACGCAUCUUUGACUAUUGUAUUGUCGACGAGGCGUCACAGAUCACGCUGCCAGUCUGUCUCGGCCCGAUUCGUAUGGCAAGGACUUUCAUCCUAGUCGGUGAUCACUAUCAAUUGCCGCCGCUUGUGCAGAAUAAAGCCGCCCAGGAAGGAGGACUUGACGUCAGUCUCUUCAAACUACUCUCGGAUGCACAGCCGGAUUCAGUUGUCAAUCUAGAGCACCAGUACCGCAUGUGUGAGGAAAUCAUGCUACUUUCCAAUACCCUGAUCUACUCAGGCCGUCUCAAAUGUGGCACGCCGCAGGUGGCCGCCCGAUCGUUAGACAUACCCAACAUCAACGCCCUCGAGAAAUUCCAUGUCGAGGACUUGAGCCAUGCUCAGUCACAGUCCCAACGGGAACUCUGCCCGGAUUCUCCCAGUAGCCCCUGCUGGCUCCGAGACUUACUCACGCCAUCUGCAAAAACGCGCCUAGUCAACACCGAUCCCAUUGGCCCUGCAGCCCUCGAGAUAGCACAGGGAAAUCGUGUCGUGAAUCACAUGGAGGUUUUCCUCUGCUCGCAACUCGUGGAGUCAUUCAUUGCCUGUGGUAUUCCUGCGCGCAACAUUGGUGUGAUCACAUUCUACCGCAGUCAACUCUCGCUCCUUCGCCAGAGCCUACGGCACUACACCCCAGAUCUGGAAAUGCAUACUACAGACAAGUUCCAAGGCCGUGACAAAGAGAUCAUUAUCCUCAGCUGCGUCCGCAGUAACGCCGAAAAAAACGUUGGCGAGCUCCUGCGUGACUGGCGUCGUGUCAACGUCGCCUUUACCCGCGCUCAGACUAAGCUCCUUGUUGUCGGCAGCAGAUCUACCCUUCAUGAUGGUAAUGAGCUCCUCUGCAAAUAUGUGCGCCUGGUAGAAAGUAAAGGCUGGGUAUAUAACUUGCCCAGCGGAGCAAUAGACAAGCAUUUCUUCCCUUCUUGUACUACACAGUCGCAGCUCAUGUCUCCGGGCGUGGUCCUGACUCCCGGCUCUGCCAAGGGCAAAGGCAAGGGCAAGAACAAAUCACCUUCUACUUGUUCUUCUCGUGAACCACUAAGCCCACUGGGCUCCCGACAAGCAGCGCCUGGCCUUCAAAAGCCUUUAAAGACGGGCGCAAAGUUGUUCAAUGGCACGAAUGUGGUUGGGAAUCGGCCCAUCCUGCGAGACAUAGUGAAUGAUCUGAUGGGGUAG